UCUGACUCAGGAGUGGCCCCUAGCAGUGUUUGGGGGCCCCUGGUUGCUGGGAUGGGACUGGGAGUACGUGUGGCUGUGUGCAGGGCAAGAGCCCAAUCCCAGGGGCUCUCUCAGGCCUCAGCACGCCUCUCCCUAUCCUGGAGCUCCUGUUCAGAUGCUGGCCCACUCACUCUUUUGCCCAGUGAGGCUUUCCUGGACCGUACCCCCUUUUACCUGUCUACUCACACACAUUUUCCAGGCUGAGCAGUGGCCAGUGAAGCAGAACUGGGUGGAGGCAGAGGCUGACCUGACUCCUUACCCGCCCAGGCCGCUGUCCUCAUGAAGGGCAUCCGACCUGCAGGCAGCCCCUCUGGGGCUGCGGGGAGCACCCUGGAUGGUGUGGACCUGACCCUGACCGGCCUCCCGCCGCCCCUGUUCCGCCGGCCCAGCAGUGCCACUGCCACCAAACCCUUCACCCGCUCGGUGUCUGCGGUGGUGGGUGGUGAGUCACGGAGGAGGGCUCAGCCUCCCACAGCACCAGGAGACUCCCCCGUCAACAACCUGCGCAGGUCCAGCAGUGCCACCCAGGUGAAUGCCCCCGCCAGCCCGGCCUGGGCCGAGCCCCCCAGCACGGCGGAGCCCCUUGACUUCCUGGCACUCUUCGAGGGCAGCCCCGAUGGGCAGAAGCAACCAAGCAGUCUGGAGAAAGCUCCCAGUGAGCAAAGUGCCACGUGGAACGUUCUGGAUGAACAACCCAGAGCCUUCCCCCUGCCUUCCGACUCCUGGAGUCCCCCCACGGCUCCUGAGGCCCGACCCAGCCCGCGGAGGAGAGAGUGUACCGUGACCCUGGCACCGAGUUUUACAGCCAACAACAGGAGCAGCAAAGGCGCUGUGGGCAACCGAGUCACCGCCAUGGUGCACAACCGUCACAGCCCUGCAGAGAAGGCGCCGCCCCCCAAGAGCUCCAACCACUUGGCCCCGCCGCUCAACAAUAUCGUCAAGGCAGCUGCUGGCGAAGCCCAGGAGGGUGGGGCCUGCCCGAGGUCACAGAAGAACCUGGACGGCGGCCCCCAGGUAGCCCGGAGCAGUGCAGGGGGUGCCCUGGGCCCCCUCAGGAGGAAGGAGGUGACGGAGGAGGAGGCUGAGAGGUUUAUCCAUCGAGUGAACCAGGCUGCGGUCACCAUCCAGCGCUGGUAUCGGAACCAGGCACAACGGCGGGCAGGAGCUGCCCUCGGGGCUAGAGAGGGGCGGCAGCGCCCAGGGGAUGGCAACAUUCUGGACCCACAAAAGGCAGCAGUCAGGAAGAAGGCCCGGGAGGAGAAGGCAAGGCAGGCCAGGCAGGCGGCCCUGCAGGAAUUGCAGCAGAAACGAGCCCUGAAGCCAGACGCCCUGGAUUUGGGUCUGCAGGAGCUGUCAAGACACCCCCCUGCCCAGGAGCCGGCCCCCAGGCCAGGCCGCCCCAGACCCACCCUGCCCCACAAGGCCAACAUCACAGGGGCUGAACCCCACACCGUGGCCCAGCAAGAUGCCUGCCGGCCUCCUGCUGAGACACCCGCACAUCCCAAGUCAUGUCUAGACCCCGCGAAACAGGAAGAGGCAGCCAGUGGAGACCACGAGGCCCCCGCCGCCACCCAGAGCAAGGCCAAGUCCAGAGCAAUGCUGGACGAGCUACUGGACACACUGAAGCUGCUGGAGGCGGAGCCUGAGCCCCUACCCCGGCCACGGGCCUAUUGCCACGAUAGAUAUGCCUGGAGUGAUGAGGACGAUGCCAGUUCCCUGACGGCUGAUAACCUGGAGAAGCUGGGGACGCUCAAUGCAGGAGCUGGGCCCCCCGAAGAAGGGACGCUGCUGUCGGAGGCCAAGCUGCAGAGUAUCCUGAGCUUUCUGGACGAGAUGGAGAAGUCAGGGCAGGACCGGCCCAGCCCAGCCUCCCAGGGGCUCCUGCUGGAGGAAGCGCCCAGGCGGCAGGUGUCAGAGACCAGCACGUCCCUGAUGCGUCUGCAGCUGGAGGUGGAGGAGAAGAGGCGCGCCGCCGUGCUGCUGCAGAGGGCCCUGGCACAGCAGCGGGACCUAGCCGAUCGGCGAGUCAAGGACACGGAGCGGGAGAUGGGCCGGCAGCUGCGGCAGCAGCGGGAACACUACGAGGCCACCAUCCAGCGGCACCUGUGCUUUAUCGACCAGCUGAUCGAUGACAAGAAGCUCCUGAGCGAGAAGUGCGAGGCGAUGGUGGCUGAGAUUAGACGGGCCGAGCAGAGGCACCGCGAGCAGACAGCACAAGUGCAAGAGCAGCACCAGCUGGAGAUUAAGAAACUCAAAGAAGUCAUGAGCGCCACGGAAAAGGUGCGCAGGGAGAAAUGGAUCAACGAGAAGACACGCAAGAUCAAGGAAAUCACGGUCCGAGGCCUGGAGCCGGAGAUCCAGAGGCUGAUCGCGCAGCACAAGCAGGAGCUGAAGAAGCUCAAGGCGCUGCACGAGGCGGAGCUGGCGCAGGCCGCGGCGCAGGCGGCAGAACUUUACGGGCGGCAGGCGGAGGAGCUGCGCGCGCGCCUGGAGCAGGAGAAGGAGGCGCUGGGCCAGCAGGAGCGCGAGCGUGCCCAGCAGCGCCUGGAGCAGCAGCUGGAGCAGGAGCAGCGGGCCUUGCAGCAGCGGCGGCGGCAGCUGUACAGCGAGGUGGCCGAGGAGAAGGAGCGGCUGGGCCAGCAGGCCGCCAGGCAGCGCGCCGAGCUGGACGAGCUGCGGGAGCAGCUGCAGGAGAGCAGCGCGGCGGGCGUGCGGGCGCUGAGGGCCGAGGUGGACAAGGAGCGAGAGGCGCAGGAGCAGCGGCACCAGGUGGAGCUGAAGGCCCUGCGGGACCAGCUGGAGCUGGAGCGGCAAGUGUGGGAGGCCAGCAGCGCGCGCAAGGAGGAGGCCUGGCUGCUGAGCCGCGAGCGGGAGCUGAAGGAGGAGAUCCGGCGGGGCCGCGACAAGGACAUCGAGCUGGUCAUCCAGCGGCUGGAGGCCGACAUGACGCAGGCCCGGGAGGAGGGCGAGCGGGCCACGGAGAGCCGCAUCCAGCGCAUCCGGGACAAGUACCAGACGGAGCUGGCCGAGCUGGAGCGCUCCGAGCGGCAGCUGCAGGAGCGCUGCGCGCAGCUCCGGGGCCGCCUGGGCGAGGCCGAGGGCGAGAGCGCGCGCCUGCGGGGCCUGCUGCAGCGCCGGGAGCGGGAGCUGGCCGACACGCGCAAGGUGAACGAGCAGCUGACCGCCGAGCGGGCCAACCUGGCCCAGGUGCUCCGCCAGGAGGUCGCUGAUCGCCUGGCGGCCUCAGAGGAGGAGACUCGGCAGGUGAAGGCGGAGCUGGCCACGCUGCAGGCCCAACAGCAGCUGGAGCUGGAGCAGAUGUCAAGGGACAAGCAGGCAGAACUGGAGGCCGUGCACGGCAGGGUGAAGCUGGCUCUGGCCAAGAAGGAGGAGGCAGUGAACAACCUUCGGAAGCAGCAUGAGGCGGCCAUGAAGAGAGCGGCCCACCUGGAGGAGCUGCUGGAACUGCGGAGGCGGCCGGGCCCUAGCACCAAGUGAGGCCGCCCAGCCCGGCCCUGCUCUGCCCUGUCCAGCUCUGCCCCCCAUGGCCCUACCCCCUGUACCCCUGCAGUAAAGAGCCACUUUUUA